UCUUCGGGUUAUCUCGCAGUCGUUAGACAAAAGUGGCAUCUUAAACUUGAUCGUCACAGAUACACGAGGAAAUAAAUAACACUUACAUAAACACCUUAAAACAAGAUAAGUGUUACUCGGAUUUAUACCAAUGUCCUAACACAUUAUGACCGACGCUACCAAGUAUAACCAUCUGUUACCAACGGGUGACAACAGCGAUGACGAUUGGAACGCGGACGACGAGGACACGACCAUGCAGCAGACGACCGUUUUGGGAACCAGAAUUAAUGCACCGGAUGUUGAGAUACGUGACACAGACACUCUGUUGAGUAAGAAAAGAAGUUUUCAUAAUGGAACUGCUUACGAAUUUUCUCGAUCAAGAAACAGACGUCGGGAGGUCGAUGGUCCGUUCUGUACACCAACACGUGCAGCCGUUAUAUUCGCUUCAGUGCUCGUGUUAUUUGGAGUAGGCUAUUUUGUUGGCUUUAUGACGCCUUUCGGCAAAGGUUCUGUUGUUACAGAGGUUGUUGAAAUAAACCCGGAGACAUCAUUCCGUAAAAGAUCUGAAAACUGGAGAACGAAAAUGGCGGAUUGGGGCACGGAGUCGUGCAUCCGUCUGGUAGACGUUGAUCAAGAUGGUGUUCUGGACAUUGUUGCGGGAAUUGCUCUCGGCAAGGAUGUUACUACAAUGAUUACAGAAUCUGAUAUGGAAGAAUUUUGCAGGAACAAUGGUAUGAAAAUGCCUUGUGCCGGUGCUGUAGUGGCGUUACGUGGCAGGGACGGCAAACUUCUAUGGAAAGCGCCGGCUUACGCCGAGGUGUUCGAACUUCUGUGUUACGGUAUCGAUGUGAACCAGGACGGCAAGGAUGACUGUAUAGUUACAGGAAGACUCGGAUCUAUACGGGCUAUUGACUCGCUCAACGGUAAAACACUAUGGGUUGGAGAUGACCGUUACUUGAAUCGUGGCUGGAAUAUUUACGCUCCUGCUGCUGUUCCAGACCUCGAUGAUGAUGGGGUUGCAGAUUUGAUUAUCGCACAUGGCGGCGAUCCCACAGUUGCUGCCGAAAUUACUACACGGAAAUCAAACCAUAUUAUCUUGGUGUCUGGAAGGACAGGGAAAGCUAUCGGCACGUACUUCAAGACGCCGGACGAGCGAGAAUCCUACAUGUCCCCAGUCAUACACUCACGUAGAGAUGGUUCACAGUACGUGCUGAUCGGCACUGGCGGAGAAACAGUUGAUGGUGUUCUUUUGGCGAUGUCACUUCCGGAUUUUUAUCGACAUGUUAGAGGUUUACCACGUGAUCACCCCGUUCCGAAUACCCGGGGCAAAUAUACACAGUGGGGAUUCAAGAAACCCAAGGCAGAUGGAUCCAUACUUAUAUUCAAGAGUGAGAGGAAGGGUGUCAUGGUACCACCAGUUUUAAUUGAUAUGAAUAAAGACGGGGUGAAGGACAUCUUGGUAAACUCCUUCAACGGCUACAUGAUUCUGUAUGACGGGGAAACACUGGCUCCUAUGUGGAAGAUACAGUUUCAGGAUAGGGAAUCCUACAGUACACCGGCGCCAGGUUAUUUUAACGACGACGACGUGAUGGAUUUUAUGGUGCACUGGAGCGUGGGGGCAUGGCCGUUCUAUAAUUCUACAGAUACAGUGAUUAUUGAUGGCCGUGAUGGUAGUAUUCUGUGGAAUUUGACAACAAACAAGUACGACGUCUCCUCCGACCUUGUAGCCAGAACAAACGCCUUGAACAGGGACGUGUUUAUUUUUAGGGCACAGGGAAGAGAGGGACACGAUCUAAGGAAUACCGGGGCCAUUCACGGGGCCACUGGUGUACAGAGAGUUAUAAAUAGAAGGUUGACGGCAGAUGGUGACUGGACCUUAGAAGACACCGAAAUUACGGCGGAGAAUGAAGAUCAGGAAGGAAUCCUACUGCAAGACAGUCAUUUCAGACAUAAACGAGCAGUCAUCGACAAGGAUUAUAUAGAAUGUGAGAGUGACCAGAGUGUGUUUCUCGCUGAAUUAUUUGCCCUUGAUAGAACUGUGAUGAAAAGGCCUGUCAAACUUUGGCAGCGAGGAUCUGAGAAGUAUUUCUACAAGUUAACUGAAAAAGAUAGAGUCGCGGUACAAGAAACAAUUAAGAAAUACGGCUCCAAUCAUACAAUGACAGAGAACGAAGUACCGUGGUCUCGUGGCAAACGUGAAAAAGAGACCGGAAACAGGAAAGAUUCAUUUUGUAUUCUUACACAACCAGACGAGCGCACAACAGGUGCUAUUGGUGACGUCGACGGGGACGGGAAGUUGGACGUCAUUGUGAAUCUUGUAUCCGUUGGUGUUCUACGUGACGAAUAUGCCAGAUACGUGAAGAUGAAGUUUACCGUCGACAUUUUCAAACUCAGUUUAGAGGACGCGAUUAAGAAAGAGCUAUAUAUCCCUGUCAAUGUGACUUUGCACGAGAAAAUGGCAUGGGUUGACAACGAGAACAAAAUGACUACCCUGAAGUUCCUGCCAAUGGAAAAACAGCCAUGGGGCGGCUAUAUGGGGACACGUGGCGACAGUACUUACCACGUCUAGCAUUGCUGCGCUUAAAAAUCUGAUAUAGAAUUGUUUUAAAUUUUCACAGACCUUUAACUUUGGUUUGAAAUAAAAUCGUAACAUGUA